AUGGUGUCCCGUAAGAAGCCCGAUUUCGUCUACUUAAUGGAAACAAAGGUAGAUCGGAGUCAUGCAGAAAGAUUGCGAGUUAAAAUUGGUUUUGAGGGUCUGUUUUAUGUGGAUCCAGUUAGGGGAGGAGGUGGCUUAGCAUUACUAUGGCGGAAGAAUAAUACUGCUAGACUGUUGAGUUAUUCGAAGAAUUAUGUGGAUGUGGAGGUGGCCGUUAAGGAAAAAGUAUGGCGGAUGACAUGCUUCUAUGGGUUUCCACAGAGACAUAGACGCAGGGAGGCGUGGCAAUUGUUAAGUGGGUUAAGGGAUAAGUCUACACUGCCCUGGGUGGCGUUGGGGGAUUUCAAUGAUUUAUUAUACCAACGUGAGAAGAGAGGGGGGAAUCCUCACCCGGAUAGUCUGUUGAGAGGGUUUGGGGAUACUGUUUACAAUUGUGGGCUGGUCCAAUUGCCAAUGCGGGGUCACCAGUUUACAUGGGAGAAGGGGAAAGGGACUGAUAGAUGGAUGGAGGAAAGGUUGGAUAAGGUGUUGGUGUCUACACGAUGGACUACACUGAAUACUGAGGCGUGGGUCGAAAAUAUUCUAACCCGAAAGUCUGAUCACUCUGCUCUCUUUUUAAACACUGAUGUGGUGCGUGGCCACAGAUAUGAGGGACCGAAACGAUUCCGCUUUGAGAUGGCAUGGAUUCAUGAUGACGGUUGUUGGAGGGUGGUGGAGACAGCCUGGCAGGAUGGUAGGGAUAAGGGGCUGUUGGUUUGUCAGCAGCAUUGUGGGGGAAGGCUAAUGCGGUGGGGUGGGGAGCAUUGGCAUAAGUUUGGUGACCGCAUCAAGCAAUUGAGGAAAGAGCAGGAUGAGAUACGGCACAGACGAGAUUCGGCUGCAUUGGCUGAAUUUCGCGAGAUUGAGGAGAGACUAGUGCAGUUGGAGAUGCAGGAGGAUGUAUUUUGGAGACAGCGGGCGAAGCAGCACUGGCUGCGCGGUGCGGACUGCAAUACCAAGUUCUAUCACAGGUACGCUUCUGCUCGUAGAAGGAAAAAUUAUAUUCCUAGAUUAAAAGAUGAAAUGGGUGCAUGGGUAGAGGGGGAUAAUAUGAAGAGAGUUGUUUUGCAAUAUUAUGCUGCUAUUUUUACAUCAUCAAACAUUGAAUGUGAGGAUCCCAUGUUUGAUAAUUUUGCCCCCUGUGUGACUAGUGAGCAGAACACUAAGCUCCUCCGCCAGUUUGAGUUAGAGGAGGUCAAGAGUGCCUUAUUUGCAAUGUUCCCUGACAAAGCACCAGGACCGGAUGGCUCGUUGCCUGAAGGAUUGAAUGAUACUAAUGUGGUCUUGAUCCCGAAGAAAGAUGUGCCUGAGACAGUAGCUGAUAUGAGACCAAUAACUCUAAGUAAUGUUCUGUACAGGAUCAUGGCAAAGGUAAUAGCCAAUAGGAUUAAACCGCUCAUGGGGAACCUCAUCUCUGAGGCCCAGAGUGCUUUUAUCCCAGGGAGACUUAUUACUGAUAAUAUUUUAAUAACUGCGGAGUGUGUUACUACUGUCCAGUAUAACAUCUUGAUUAAUGGUGUUCAUAGUGGAGGUGUAACGCCAACCAGGGGGUUGCGGCAGGGGAUCCUUUGUCUCCAUAUUUAUUCCUCAUAUGUGCAGAAGGGUUAUCUGUGUUAUUGCAAAGAGCGCAAAUGUCUGGCUCAAUACAUGGCUGCAGGAAAUACCAGUGUGGAAGAUAGGGAAGAGGUGGCGAUUUGCUUACAAGUAGACCAGGCACCCAAUUUUGGGAAAUAUCUGGGACUACCAUCUUUUGUGGGGAGGAACAAGAAGGCAGUGUUCUCAUAUAUUGAGGAUAAGGUAAAACAGAGAAUAAGCUCAUGGAACAAGAAAUUUCUGACACAGGCAGGAAAGGAGAUUUUAUUGAAAAGCGUGGCACAAUUUAUGCCUACCUUUUCAAUGAGUGUCUUUUUGAUCCCGGACUCAGUAUGUUUAUCAAUCCAGAGAACAAUGAACAAGUAUUGGUGGGGCACUGGUAUGGAUAGAGGAAUACACUGGAAAGCCUGGGAUAAGUUAAGCAUCCCAAAGAAAUAUGGAGGAAUGGGAUUCAAAGAUCUCAAGAAUUUUAAUUUAGCAAUGUUGGGAAAACAGGCAUGGCGCCUACUCACAAGUCCAGACACACUGGUUGCAAAAGUCUAUAAGGCAAGGUACUAUCCUAAUACCACUUUUGUUGAUGCCAAGGUAGGAGGAUGCCCGAGCCACUCAUGGAGAAGUAUUAUGGCAGCUCAUGACAGGGUGGUGGCACGAGUGCGCAGGAGGAUAGGGGAUGGUAAAACAACAUUGAUCUGGGGACACCCAUGGUUGCCUGAUAAUCCUAGCCCUUUGGUGCAGACUGAUAUGCCUGUAGAGCUCAGGCACGCUAAAGUGGUAGGUUUAAUAGAUGAACAAACUGCUACCUGGGACCCACAUAUUUUAGCAGAUUUAUUUGAGGAGGAAGAUGUGAGUAGAAUAUUGAGGAUACCUGUUAGUCCAGGAUAUGAGGACUCAUGGUAUUGGCCUGAUGACCCCAAUGGGAUAUACACAGUUAAAAAUGCCUACAGACACAUUAUGGGAAUUUAUGAUCACUCGCCUGGGAGUUUUGAGAAAUGGACUAAAAUGUGGGGAAUGAAAAUACCCCCAAAAUGGAAGACUUUUUGUGGAGAGCAGUUUGUGAUAUUCUUCCAACAACUAACAACUUGA